UUGUUCCACACCUCCCUGCCAUCAGGAGGCUCCAUCCAUCCACACACUGCGCCUCAUCUCUGCAUCCAUCACUUGUGCGCGCUCGGAUUUUACACAAACAGCCCCCGUUUGUAAACGCACCAGCUGGGAAAGGACAUGUUUGCCUGAUUUUUUUUAUUAUUCCCACUUGAGAAUUGGUUUCCACGAUGCCGAAGCCAGGGACAGCCCAGCUGUAAUCAGACAGACGUGAUUUAAAAAAGGUGUAACUACAAACAACACACUCAGCAAUGGACCUCAACCAGAGGCCUAAUUUUGUUGACGGAAUGGCUGUGAACAUGAUGCCAGCUCCCGCCACUUGGUCAGGAGAGGAACAACCGUCCUUGCUGGAUCAGGAGGGCUCCGUUUCAGGCCAAGCCCCCAUCUUUGUGCCAUGUCGAUCAGCUACAGGCGAAGAACUCCACAGUAGCAGCAGCAGGCCGGCCAGUACAGGGCCCCCCCGCAGCAAAUCCAAAGGAGAGCUCGUGAUAGUCAUCAACGAGAAACUGAAGAACGGUAAUGGGAUCCACGCUGUGCCUGCAGAGAGCACCUCUCCCGUUAUCUCCUCCCCUCCUAGAAGGCAACACUCCAUCUCCUACCCUCAUCAUGGCAAGACCAGGAAGGGCAGCAGGGCGAGCUCCAUUGGCUACACCGCCUUCUCCCCGAGGCCGUCCAUUUCUCGUCACUCCAGCAUCGCCACCAACCCACCGUUAGACCGGACCAAGGUCAAAGACUACCUCCUUCUGUCCGUGCUGGCCUGCUUCUGUCCUGUGUGGCCCAUUAACAUUGUUGGUUUCGUCUACUCCAUCAUGUCCAAGAACAGCCUGGAACAGGGGAACCUGGAUGGCGCUGUGCGGUUGGGACGUGUGGCCAAAAUGCUCUCCGUGGUGUCACUAGUAGGAGGAACGAUCAUAAUCAUCGCCUGCAUUGUCAACCUGGCUAUAAAUGUGAAAACCUGAGUUUCAACACAGGAUGAAUCCGGAUAAGGCAACUGACCAUCUGGCCUACACCUGCACCACCACCUUUACCGCCCAGUCAUUACCUGGACCUGUGACAAAUACGCUCCCGACACACAGUGCUAACUUAUAUUUCUGUAAUAUGUGUACAGUCCCUUAUGGUAAUGGAAGAAAUUAAACCAUCCAAAUGAUGCUGCUCUCAAUCUGAGGCGAGAAGGGAGAAAACGGACGAAUGAGACUCGGGGGACUAGAAAGCAAAGAAGCCAGCUCCACAUGCAGCUCCCAACAAAAUGCCAAGCCCACCCAUCACUGAACGAACUUGCUAACAGAUCCUCUCAGACACACGCAGAGACUGAUGCUCUGGUAUCAAACAGCAGAGAUUCCUCCUUUUCACACGCAGAGAAGAAACACUUUGAACCUCUUGUCUCAGAAUGUGACUUUUAAACGCCUCACGUCUGUUUGAGCAUGAAUGGGGGAGGGGGGGAAGAGGAUGAAAGUGGGGCUUACGACGACUGGGCGCUGAAAUGGCAAAGGAUUAUGGGAAGUCUCACUCAGAAGGCACAGUCUUUACUGCAAGGAAAACACGUGCCAAAUGCAAGAAAUGAAGGGACUGCUGACCACAUCAGUGUCGGGAUGAGGAUCGUGAACUGCGUCGAUCUCCUCCAGCAACUUUAUAGUUUAUCUGCUCUACACCACUUACCACUGUGAUCUGGGAACAGGGUUCAGUAACCAAAACCCAUCGUAGCAAAAACACAGUUUCCCUGCAUCGUCCACUCUUUUUAUGACGUUUGUCAAAGAUCAAGCUGCGUUAAACUCAAUCCAAACGAGAUGCUCCUGCCUGCUGUGCUCACAAAUUCAAAUUGCGUGCGUGGGCAUCGUUAUUUGGUUAACAAAUCCAAUCACUUGUUAUUGUCGCCACAGAUGCAACCUCAGUUUCUGUCCACGGGUGCUUCUUAGCUGGACACAUUGUAGCCUUUUUAUGUCCCUUAAAAAAAAAACCCGCCACAAACUGUUGAUUUUUCUCCAGAAAGUGUCAUAUCAGUCGCCCGUUUUGUUGUGUACAGAUUUCUUGUUGGCGACUGGUUUGUAAGGGCACCAUGGUUUUGUGGUUGAGAAAGUUUGAUUAGCUUUAUAGUGGAAAAACAAUUUUAAAACCUUUUUUUUUUUUUUGUUCUUCUUAUUCUAAUACCUGCUGUGUUUUUAACUAACCUCUGACCUUUAUCUAUCGUGAAUCUCACUGUGAUUUCAAACAACUUGGGUUCCUUUUUCAAUCAGACUUUAGAUUUUCUGCAACAGUUAAAACGGCAUAUAUUUAUUUCUUAUAAUGUAACUGUAAUAGUAAUCGAUUGUAUGUAUCCUGCAGAUAGAAAUGUCAAUAUUGUGAUCAUUUUCUAGUUGAUAUGAGUUAGCAUUAUGUAGCCAGCCCUCGCAGGGCUUUAUAAUCUUUGUGCUUAUUGGCAUGUUGUGGAUUUUUAUUCAUAUAUGAUAAUAUUAAUGAGCUGGCACUUGAACUAUGCUACAACAGCACAUUCUUAAUAAAGACACAAUGCAUGUGG